UUUUGCAGUGUGAUGAAUGCGAGUAGGUACGUGAAUGUAAUCUGAUGAUGGCAACGUUUUGGGUAUGCAACAUCUAUAUUUUAUUGCUCGUGACGUGUCUUGGUAAUGCUCAAUUCCUCGAUUACUUCGACGAUUCCAUUCCAUGCCCACCUUAUCCGUUAACCUUUGGUAGCAACGCGGGUUUCAUUGUGCCAAAUGCAACAGAUCCUUGUGUUGCUCCAUUGCCUCAGUCAAAUCCUGCAGUACCAUCAGCUGGGAAUAAAGCAGCACCCGAACCAGGGGCACCGCCAGCAGCAGCAAAUCCACCUGACAAUGCUGAUACUCCUUUGCCCAGAGAUGGACCACCUCCAGCUGUACCAACUGAUACUGCUGGUGCAGCUCCUGUACAACCCCUCCCAGCAGCACCAGGAGUCGGCCCUGUAACAGAUGAUGCACCAAAUUUGGAUGAAAAUCAGGAGAAACCGGCUCCUCUUGUGAAAAGACAAGCUCCGGCAGAUCUUGGAGAUGACAGUUUACCAGUCCUUCCUGAUGUGAACCCAUUUGAUCCAAGCUCUGUACUUCCUGCAGGACUUGGGCUUUGGCUAAUUGACCCAUCCGUACCUCCCCUUCCUGAAGUGAACCCACUCAAUCCAAGCCUUCCUACUGGUGGAGUGUCUCCUGACCCAUUCAUACCUUCCCUUCCUGAAGUGAACCCAAAUUAUCCAAGCCUCCCUACUGGUGGGAUUCCUCCUAUUCCCAUUGAAGAUCCACUCAGUGGUAGAGUUCCACCAACUGACCCACCCAUACCUCCCCUUCCUACUGGUGGAAUUCCUCCUAUUCCUAUUGCAGAUCCACUCACUGGUGGAGUUUCUCUAGUUCCUGGUAUUCCUGAUGUAAACAUGCCCAUUGGUGGAGUUCCUCUAGUUCCUGGCAAUGAUCAACCAGAUGCUGAAGCUCCUACUGUCCCUGAUGUGAGCCCACCUGAUGUUGAAGUUCCUUCCAUUCCAGGAUUACCCAUUGAUCCAGAUACAAUCAUUUUACCUGCAGCACCGCCAAUUAUUGAUGAUGCAAUUCCUCAUGCUCCAACUACACCAGGUGGUCUCCUAUGCAACCUAUCAACAUUGAUACAGACUUUGGUAAAUGCAAUUUUAGAAUUAAUUCUGAGUCAUUUAAAGCAAUUGAUUCAUUUAAUAGUUCAGCGAUUAGAAAAUGUUAUCAGAACACUUCUUGGUAAGUUGUUACCAGAUGUAUCGAACACCCUAAUGCAGUUAUUACACACAUUGCUCCCAACAAACAUGAUAGAUGUGCAGGUACUUGAUCAAUACCGCAUUAAAUGACUUACUUGACAAACAUGGAUUAGUGCCUGGUAUAGUCCAUGGUAUUUCAGGACCUGGAGCACUGAUUGGAGGUCCAGAGGGUAAUUCUGCUCCUGUAAUUAGUGCCGUAAAUGGAGUUAUAACUGAAGUGGAAGAAUUACUGAAAGAUGUACUGAAAGUUCCUGUGUUAGAUACAGUCCAUUCACUGGGUGAUUUCUCUAAUCUGUUAAACAACACAUUGGAAGAUUUAAUAGAUAAUGUUGACAAUUUAGCUGAAAAUCUAUUGACUGGCUUGUUGGCCAACUCAUCCAUUGUUGCUAGUUUAACCACAGAUGUAGCAACUCUAUUAAAAGAUGCCAUGGGAGACACCGUGUGCAAUGUUGAAAAACUACUAACAAAUAGUAACUUAUUGGACCAAGUCAUUCAAAAUUUGUUGAAAUUGAUUACAGAUCUACUGGAUGAUGUCCUAAGAGAUGAUAAUAAGUUACUAGUUGACAAGCUAGUCAAGCUACUUGAUGAGAAAGGCUUACUAGAUACGUUACUAGACAACCUUCCCAAACUUCUAAUAGAUUCGUUGAAUAAUUUAUUUGCACCCAAGCUGAAAAAAUUGGAAACUUCUCAAAUUGUUAAAAACCCAUACGAAUUCAAAAUAGAAGCCAUAACUAAAGCGGCGAAUAGUAUACCUGGCUCGAACGUCAUUCCUGGAGGACCUCUACUUGGAGAUAGUUUAGCGCUUGCUUUAGAUGGACUUCUGGAAGACUUGAUAAAAAUUGUUCAAAAUUUACUUAAUAACUUGAAAGAUUUACUAGCUGGUAAGAAAAACGGAUUGGUCAAUAAUUUACAGAAUACCCUUAGCAAAUUACCUGACAAACUGUUGAAAAGGUUAGGCAGAGGAGUGGGGAAAGUACUACCUUCAGCUUUAUCAAAUUUAAUAAAUCCAUCAGCCCUACUCGGACCUCUUCAUACGGUUAUAACAAAUAUCUUGAAGCUGGUCAUAUGUGAUUCUUGCAAGAAACCUGUACCUCCUAUUACAAUCCUACCUCCAGUUACAGACAUGCAUCCAGUAACAAUAAUACCACCAAUCAACAUAAACUUUGCCCUACUAUGUUUUCCAUUUUACUACCCCAAUCCACCAGUUGGUGAAGAUAGCAUUGAAGAUGACUUGUUUGAUAACAUCAAUGAUCCUGACAGUUUUGUACCUGGACCUAGUUCCUAUGGUUGGUAACACUGUCCAUGUAACAGAACUGGGCAGAGAUGAUUUUAUAUGUACUCGUAUAUAUAGCCAAUUGUGCUUUUAGCUGCAUUUCUAUGUCAUUUGUGGGUACCUAAUAAUUUUUUUAU